UUACUGUUGGUGUUUUUGGAGUUUCUGUUUAUACUACCAUAAUAUUCGUUACGAAUUAUAAUCCUGACAUGCCCAGUUCACCAACUAAUAUAGAUUUAUCUCUCGAAAAACUCACUCUACUUUUGAAUCUUUUGGCUGCUGCAUUAACUCUUGUGUAUGUGAUUUGUCCAUUAUUCACCAUUCGUUAUCAAACAAAACUUCGUCCAGAACAAACUGCCGUCUCAAUAAUACAUUUAUUGACCGUCUUAAUAUUUUUUGUGGCUCAUUUCGCUGUCUAUUGCACGAUAAUUCUCGGUGAUCCAUUCACCGACUUGAAUUUUGAAUCAAUUCACAAUAUUAUUUUAUUAUUAAUCUUUCCUGGAUGCUUAAUAAAGCCACCUAGAAAAUUAGUAAAAAUUGUCAAACGAAGGAUGUUAGGAGUCGAAGAAUUGUUAAUUGGUGGUGAUUUUAGGCCAGAUAUGAUGAGAGAUGGUUUUGAUCAAACAAAGGGGCCCAUAAUCGAACAUGUUCUACCAGCACAUGUUUCGAAUUCACCUAAUUCACAAAUAAAAAAUAUGAGGAUACCACAACAUUUACGUGUGAUGAACUCUGCUUCGCCAAAGCUUAUUGAUAUUCAAAUAGGUUCAACUAACGGAUAUUAA